GCCGGAGAGCGGUAGCGGAGAGGAGUGGCCGGGAGCAGCAGCAGCUGAGAGUGGCCGGAGAUCAGCAGCGGAGAGGAGAGGAGAGGAGUGGCCGGGAGCAGCUGCUGAGAGAGGCCGGGGAUCAGCAGCGGAGAGGAGUGGAGUGUCCGGGGAUCAGCAGCGCAGCAGCAGCAUGACCACCAAUGAUGAUCUUGACCGGGCGAUCGUGCAAUGGUUGGAGUGGGACAAGAAUCCUAAAACAUUGGCGGAAGUCAGAAAGCAGAACUGUGAGGGGAACUUUGAACAGCUUGAAAAAUAUUUUGGGUCCAGGAUGCUGUUUGGAACAGCAGGAAUACGGUCUGCCAUGGGACCAGGAUUUUCGUGCAUGAAUGACCUGACCAUCAUUCAGACAACCCAGGGGUUGUGUCGUUAUCUGGAAAAAAAAAUUUCAGAUGUAAAAAACAGAGGUGUAGUGAUUGGAUUUGAUGCUCGUGCCCACACUCCCAGUGGAAGCAGUAGUCGAAGAUUUGCCCAAUAUGCUGCCACUGUUCUGAUCAGCCAGGGUAUUCCUGUGUACCUUUUCUCUCAGAUUACCCCAACACCAUUUGUGCCUUUUACUGUAGCCGAGUUGAAGCUGUGUGCUGGAAUAAUGGUAACAGCAUCUCACAACCCCAAGCAGGAUAAUGGUUAUAAGGUUUACUGGGAAAAUGGAGCUCAGAUUAUUUCACCUCAUGAUGUAGAAAUUGCGAAUGCCAUCGAUGAAAAUGUGGAACCUUGGCCAGAGUCGUGGAAUUACAAGAUUGUUGAUCGCAGUCCCCUUGUUAAAGAUCCUUUAGAAGAUAUGAAAAAAAAGUACUUCCAAUCAAUACAGAAACAUUGUUUUUACAGGGAUAUAAAUAAAAGAACUAAACUUAAAUUUGUGCACACAUCUGUGCACGGAGUUGGACAUGAAUUUGUUCAAGCGGCUAUGAAAUCGUUCGGCUUUGCUCCUCCUCUUGCUGUUCCAGAGCAGAAAGAUCCUGAUCCCGAAUUUCCAACUGUCAAAUACCCGAAUCCAGAAGAAGGCAAAGAAGUAUUGACAUUAUCUUUUGCCCUGGCUGACAAGGAAGGAGCAGCAGUGAUUUUAGCAAAUGACCCAGAUGCUGAUCGUCUUGCUGUGGCUGAGAAGCUAGAAUGUGGAGUGUGGAAAGUAUUUUCGGGAAACGAGUUGGGUGCCUUGUUGGGUUGGUGGCAAUUUACUUGCUGGAAGAAGCAAAAUCCAGAACCCUCGGGUCUGAAAAAUGUGUAUAUGUUAUCAAGUACAGUCUCUUCAAAAAUUCUCCAGGCAAUAGCACUAAAGGAAGGAUUUCAUUUUGAGGAAACCUUAACUGGCUUUAAAUGGAUGGGAAACAAAGCUAAAGAACUUAUAGAUAAGGGCAAUAAGGUGCUUUUUGCAUUUGAAGAAGCAAUUGGUUAUAUGGCUACUGAAUUUGUCCUUGAUAAAGAUGGUGUUAGUGCUGCUGCAAUUGUUGCAGAAAUGGCCAGCUUUUUGGCAUGCAAGAAUAUCACACUGAAUGGUCAACUCAAAGUAAUUUAUGAGGAAUAUGGAUAUCACAUCACCAAGGCUUCAUACUUCAUCUGCCAUGAUCCUAAAACAACAGAGAAGAUGUUUGAGAAUUUACGGAAUUAUAAUGGAACAAACCAGUACCCCAAAACCUGUGGGAAGUUUGAAAUUUCUGACAUUCGGGAUUUAACCACUGGUUAUGACAGCAGCCAGCCGAACAAAAAGCCUGUACUUCCAACUAGUAAAAGUAGCCAAAUGAUCACCUUCACAUUCAAGAAUGGAUGUGCAGCAACGCUGAGAACAAGUGGGACAGAGCCUAAAAUUAAAUAUUAUGUAGAAAUACGUGCACCACCUGGAAAUAGUGACCCAGAAAAGUUGAAGGAGGAGCUCAAUGACUUGGUCAAUGCAUUAGUGGAAUACUUCUUCCAGCCAGAGAAAAACGGCUUGACAUCUCAAUCCAACUGAAAUAAUUUCUAUAAGAUACACUUGUCACUGUCAAUUUUAACAAAACACUUUUACCUGCCUCUACAGUAUUGAAGUUUAAGUAGUUUAAUAUUUGACAAUGUAACUAACAUCCUACAGGAGAAUGUAUGUCUCACUUUUGUACCUUCUACAAUGUACAUUUAUGCCGGAGAUAUGCGGGGACUGAUUUCCCUCUGCACCUGCCUUUUUCAUAGCUGAGAACUUAAGAGCAGCUCGCAAACCUUGGAGGUAGCUGUGAGGGAAAGAGUUGAAGGGAGAACAGGAGAGAAAAACCACCACUCUGCGGUAUGAUCACAUUUUGAAUAUGACCAGUUUCUGAUUAGUGUCCUGAUCAGUUUCCCUAUUAGUUCAUUACACUGGAUUAAUUAAACGAGGCAAAGGAUGCAAUAAUCUCUUUUGGAUAGCAUGGAAAUUAAACAUUUUUGAUGGCUAUUGUAUACAUAUAUAAUCACUAUUGUAAAUGCAAUGAAAUCCUAUCCGUAUUGUAAUGAGAGGCAUCAAAGGCACAACACUGAUUUAAAAAAAAACAAUUACUAAAAGUGGAGAGAGACAGGAAACUAAUUCUGCCAUUCAUAGGUAUUAAUAUAUCCGAAUGCGUCAGAUUUUCAUUUGGAUAUAACGGGAACUCAUUCAUAUGUAGGGGUGUCACAUAUUGGAUGUUUGUAACCAUGGGAUUUGGUUUGAUUUCAGGCAGGUAUGAAAGAACUUCUGUAGCCAAACUAUGGGACCAUUAUUUUUGCUUUCUUGCACUUCAGUAAUGCCUAAUGCAUUUUAUGCUAUUCUGGGUUGUAUGUAUUAAUUUGAGCAUAAUUAGUAUGAAUAUAUAAUGGGAAUAUCUUUAUUGUGUUAACGAAGUGUGGUGAAACUGGGACCAUUUAUACUGUGGCUGAUAACAUUCGUUAGGAUAUCUAUUUGAGUUUUUGCAUUGGGUCUGUGUUGCUAAAAUAAGCAUUUGUCUACGAUGGUAUACAAAUUAUUUUGAAGAGGUAUUUUAAAAAAGGAGUGAUAUUGGUCUCCCACAUCAGAAAUGUGGGAAAACUAGUCAAAAAAGAUGAGCAGUUUUCAACAAUAAACCUUUUCAUUACUACUUGAUAUUUCAAAAGUUGUAAUUUGAAAUGUAGGUCACGUGAUUUGUGAGGUUACUCAGAAUUUAAUGGACUAAUUAAACACCUCGGCUGAAUUGGGUGCAGUAUGUCUUUGACUGGAGCUUAAUUUAACAGGUGAAUGCGUUCAAAAUAUGACAAAGAAUUCCAUUGCUUGCAGAUCAAAAUGCUUUGGGCAUAUUACAGUAUAUUUAGCUCUUGUUGCCUUAUGGUCAAGUUUCACUCCUUAGAACCUUACAUAUUAUGGGAGUCUCGUUUUAACAAUUCGUGUUGGUGCUGUUAUGAGUUGCAGCUUUACUUCGGGACUUAAAGGCACAAACUCUGUCGUGUUCAUUUGACCAAAAUAGAACAUUUUUGUAUCAUUAUAGAAUAACUAUAGACAUUGAUUUGCAUACAAGUGUUCAUGUUCAGUGAAAACCCUUUGUUUCCAGGUAUGUUGUUUACCUUUCGAAGAAAUUGGAAAUCAGCAUAUUAUCAAAUCCGCUGCAAUUUUUAGCAUUACUUAUCUAGCAGGCUGUCAUACAUGUAACUGGACAAAUGCAAUAGAGAUCUUAAUAAAUUAUCAGCAGAUUAAUAAACAUUUACACAUAAUUAACAUGCUAAGAAAUGUGGGAUUAUAACAUUAAGGUCUGCUGCAGUGCUGUCUUUGGCUUUGACAAUUGUCAGGAAGUUACAAGAUGUUCUUCGAAAAUGUAAUCUGCAGUGAACAUUAAAAGAUGCAAAACAAA